GCGAUGGUGGUAGGUAGCACCACAGGCCCGGUGACCGAGGUAGUAGAGAGCGGAAACAGCAUGCAUACAUCAUACCGGCACCACAAGAAGAACAGGGCGGAUCUACCACCGAUGUGGUUGAGAUUACUGUCUGUGAUGCUGGCGAUUCUGACCGCCACCAGCGUCAGCGCCCAGGCUACAGGAAGACUCUGUGGCAAACAACUGGCCGACGCUCUUGACCUUGUUUGUAUGGGCCGGGGCUUCCAUUGGGACGUCAGCAAAAGAUCAGGUGUGCCGCUCCUGACGAAACGUGACGGCGGCAUUAGAGGUAGAAGGUCUGUCACUCAACGCGGAGUUGUGGAGGAGUGCUGUGUCAACGUGUGCAGUGUCGAGAUGCUAGAGAGAUAUUGCGCUCAGCCGGCCAGUAGUAGCAGACUGACACGUUUACGUCAACAAUUUGCACAUGUGACCCAGCCUGCUGACCAGGUCACUACCACACUACCCCCCUCCCCGCCAACACCUGGGACCCCAUCAACGCUUUCCUCUGAGCUCGCCUCUAAUCCUAGAAAAUUCAACUCGUUUUUCUACCUACACGUGGGCCCGAGGCCAACCAGAAGCCCUUUAAUAUAGACUCCUCUGAGGCGUCGUGGAUGCUGGAGCAUACCUGUUUCUUACGCAGGAACAUGAUACCAUUCUCUUUCACGGCGCGACACUUAUAAAGGGAUGGAUGUGACUUAAGAAAGACAAACUUUACAUGAUCGUCACGAUGACUACAUAUAUUAUUAACGAUGACCAACUGUCGUCCAUUCAGAAUGAUCACUGAAUAUUAGUCAUGUUCAUGAUGUAAGUAUUGACGAGAUGCAUGUAAGACAUUAUGGGGAACCUUACGUGAUCAGUGUGACCGAUCGGGCUAUAAUAUGCUGGUAAUAUGUUGUUUAUACGGCACAAUACAUCAUGGAAAGCUUACAUGCAAUGUAUGCUGUCAUGAGAAUCAAUGUUAGCAUGUUGCAAAUCCAAGAUAGAUUGAUAUUGCUUCGUAUAUCAUUACAUACACAUUGUUAACGUAUAAACAUUUUCCUUUUCAAUGCAAUGAUACCAUGUUGUUCUCUUUCGAUUACCGCAUCAGGUUUCCAAAUUCCCGCUUUUGUAUUGUGCAUAUAGGUAAUAUGCUUUUAAAGCGUACCCUGCAGUGAUAUGCUUUCGCCAUGCUUUACCCCGAUCUUCCGCCGGGAUGUCAUAGUGACUUUGCGACCACUCGUCUCACACUUCAGGCCGAGUGGUGACGAAUGUGUCAGAUUAUGUUCUUCGCGUGCUGGUGCAAUGCAUGAUUAUACAUUCGGAAUUCCGUUUUAAAUCAUUUGUAGUUUACCUGACCAAAAAAACCUUACCAUAUCUUAGGAAUAGAGUUUCAUCCAUUACUGCAGAAAAAUCAAUUGCUUGACCUGGCUAUAUCCACUUAAUCUAAUCAUACUGAAAUUAUUAUGGCCUGCGAGAUCUAUACAAGCUGUACUGAAACAAUAGCUGUAUAUUUGACACACGUCCAUUAUUUUAUCUCAAUACGUAUACGUCGCUCAUAAAAGUUAAUCAUAAUAAAAUACUUCUAAAUCUACGAAUAGGAAUAAUUAUGGUCAAUUUGUAAAAUAGUUAUUGCUACCAACUGAGUUACACUUUUCUUGACGUUGAUUGAGAUGGUUGAGCAAAAGUGAUGAUGAACGAAAUCAAGACGUUUUCGCUUUGAUUUCAAGCAUGGCUUUGUGAAUGUGUCGCUAAACGUUUCGUACACAUGCACACAAAGUAGAUGAAAUGAAAGUAAAUUCCUUUAUUUCUCUAAGUGUUGCAAUAAUUCUCAUUUUAAAGGAAUUUCACGAUUCAAUACAAUACGAAUCAGAACCCUGCAUUAAACUCGUGUCGGUCAUGAUGCGAAUGCAGAAUGUUAAAUUCGCUUUAAAUAUUUAUUAAACAAACUUUGUGCUACAUUUAAUCUUUUAAUUUACGUCAAUAGUUUCUAGAACACGAGGAACGACCUGAUGUGCGACAUGAUUAACUGUAAAGACAAUAUAUGGGUUAACAUGUACUGAUGGCAAAGUGUUGUUGUUGCACCGAUAUAGAAUAAAUCUGAUUUUAAUUUU